AAACACUCACCACAAACACUUGCCACACACACACUCUGUCGGCUUCAUCACGUACUACCGCCCUCUCCCGUCACCUUCUCCGCGCUUCAGCCGACACCUUCGACCUCACUCACCGCCGCCCUCGCACGACCCCUCCACCGCUAGACACAACUAGGCUGCAAUAGCGACCAUGGCGAACGACGAAUAUGAUUUUCUCUUCAAGGUGGUGCUCAUAGGAGACUCGGGCGUCGGAAAGUCCAACUUGCUCUCUCGAUUCACACGCAAUGAGUUCAACCUCGAUAGCAAGUCCACUAUCGGCGUCGAAUUUGCGACCCGAUCUAUCCAGGUCGACAAUAAGACCAUUAAGGCUCAGAUUUGGGACACCGCCGGCCAGGAGCGUUACCGCGCCAUCACUUCAGCCUACUACCGUGGAGCUGUGGGCGCCCUGCUCUGUUACGAUCUCACCAAAAGCCAGACUUUCGACAACGUGACCCGGUGGUUGAAGGAGCUGCGAGAUCAUGCUGAUACAAACAUUGUGAUUAUGCUUGUGGGAAACAAGAGCGAUUUGAGGCACCUUCGGGCUGUGCCUACAGAUGAUGCGAAGGCAUUCGCUGCAGAGAACGGAUUGUCUUUCAUCGAGACUUCUGCCCUUGAUGCGAGCAACGUCGAGCUUGCCUUCCAGCAAGAAUUGACCGAGAUUUACCGAAUUGUGUCUUCAAAGGCCCUCGACAACGAUGCAGGCAGUGCUGGUGCGCCUGGACAGGGCACAUCGAUACCACUAUCGUCUAGCAACCCACCGGGAGGUGACGCCAAGAAAGGACAAUGCUGCUAGACGGCACAUUCCAUUCUCGAUACCCGGUUAUUUAGGGAAGCUGCAGUAGGUGUUGGUCGGGCGAAUUGGUACGAAGCAUGGGUUGACUGCGUGGCCUAUGGGCUGGCUCCGAUAUCCGCGAUAGGAGUUCCAGGCGUUUAUAGGUAACGAUUCUUGUCGUCCAUUGCCGGAAAGAUAUGAGAGACUCUACGCAUGACAACAAUAACUUAAUGAUCAUUGAAACGCAUUCGACGAGAUGCGCAGGCUGUACUCAGAUAUGUGGUCACUCAGAACUGACAUUGUUUGGCAACAAGCUCCGAUUGACUUCAGGGACGACCGAGUAUACACGAC